GUGUCAGUAAUAACCGAAUCUCCGACACACCUAACAGAAGCAUCUCCACCGUUGAUCUAAACGGCCCAGAAGCCUCCAUCCCAGGCGCCCCACCUUAUUUAAACUCACACUGCAACGAAAAACUCUCAUUCUCUCAGAAGAAUGAAAACUCUCUCUCGCACCAAAAAACCCAAACCUUAAACAAGUUUUAAAGUGGUUUUUUAGGUUUUUUUUUUUGUCCGAGACCCUUCUUCUUCUUCUUCUUCACUUUAAUCCUCUGCUUCUCAGGUUUUUACAGUGUCGAUUCUCCACCUUCUGAUUCGAUCUUGAUUGAUCGACAUGAUCUCGGUGCGCACCGAUCGCGACGAGCAGUUUAAGGUGAAGGCCGAGCCCUCCUCGCUCAGCCUCGCCCCCUACAAGCCUCAUGAUUCUCACGAAGUUGUUGAUGAGGACUCGCACUUUUUGCGUGCUCAUCGUUUGUACAAUGGUGGAAACUAUAAGCAGGCACUAGAGCUUUGCUCUAGUGUUUAUGAGAGGAAUCCAUUGCGCACCGAUAAUCUUCUACUCUUGGGUGCAAUCUAUUAUCAGUUGCAUGAUUAUGAUAUGUGUAUUGCAAAGAACGAGGAAGCUCUUCGAAUUGAGCCGCAUUUUGCCGAGUGUUAUGGGAACAUGGCAAAUGCAUGGAAGGAAAAGGGCAAUUUUGAAGUUGCAAUUCGCUACUAUUUGAUUGCCAUUGAGCUGCGACCUAAUUUCUGUGAUGCUUGGUCGAACUUGGGUAGUGCGUAUAUGCUAAAAGGAAGACUAAAUGAGGCGGCACAAUGUUGUCGCCAAGCACUUGCACUUAACCCUCUCCUGGUAGAUGCUCAUAGCAAUCUUGGGAAUAUAAUGAAAGCACAGGGAUUGGUACAAGAAGCAUACAGCUGCUACCUUGAGGCUCUGCAAAUACAGCCAACAUUUGCUAUUGCGUGGUCAAACCUUGCUGCUCUUUUUAUGGAGUCUGGAGAUCUUAACAGGGCCCUUCAAUAUUAUAAGGAAGCCGUGAAACACAAACCGACCUUUCCAGAUGCCUAUCUAAACCUUGGGAACGUGUAUAAGGCUUUAGGAAUGCCUCAAGAGGCAAUUGUGUGUUAUCAGCGUGCUCUUCAGACUCGACCUAAUUUUGCAGUGGCUCUUGGUAAUUUGGCAAGUAUUUAUUAUGAGCAAGGCCAACUGGAUUUGGCAAUCCUCCAUUAUAAGCAAGCGAUUUCAUGUGAUCAAAGAUUUUUGGAGGCUUAUAAUAAUUUGGGUAAUGCUAUGAAAGACAUUGGUAGAGUGGAUGAAGCAAUCCUAUGCUACAAUCAAUGCCUUGGAUUACAGCCAAACCAUCCAGAAGCACUUACCAACCUUGGGAAUAUUUAUAUGGAGUGGAACAUGGUGGCUGCUGCUGCUUCGUAUUACAAGGCAACAUUGAAUGCAACAACUGGAUUGUCGGCCCCUCUUAACAAUCUUGCCAUAAUAUAUAAGCAACAGGGAAAUUGUGCAGACGCUAUAUCUUGCUACAAUGAGGUUCUCCGCAUUGAUCCAAUGGCAGCUGAUGCACUUGUCAAUAGGGGAAACACUUACAAGGAGAUUGGUAGAGUAAAUGAAGCAAUACAAGACUAUGUGCAUGCAGUCUCAAUCCGACCAACUAUGGCUGAGGCCCAUGCAAAUUUGGCUUCGGCGUAUAAAGACAGUGGACAUGUAGAGGCUGCUAUAAAGAGCUAUAGGCAAGCAUUGCUUCUUCGACCUGACUUUCCUGAAGCUACUUGUAACCUUCUUCAUUCAUUACAGUGCGUCUGCAGUUGGGAGGAUCGUGAUAGAAUGUUUGCUGAAGUUGAAGGGAUUAUUAGGAGGCAGAUCAAUAUGUCUGUUCUUCCUAGUGUGCAGCCUUUUCAUGCAAUAGCAUAUCCCAUUGACCCACUGCUUGCACUUGAAAUUAGCCGUAAAUAUGCAGCGCACUGCUCCUUAAUUGCAUCUCGGUUUGCACUUCCUCCCUUCAACCAUCCAGCCCUAAAUCAUAUUAAGCGUGAUGGUGGAAAUGAGAGACUAAGGGUUGGAUACGUGAGCAGUGACUUUGGUAAUCACCCUCUGUCACACCUAAUGGGAUCUGUAUUUGGCAUGCACAACAGAAAAAAUGUUGAGGUGUUUUGUUAUGCCUUGAGUCCAAAUGAUGGUACUGAGUGGAGACAGCGUACUCAGUCUGAAGCUGAGCACUUUGUCGAUGUCUCAGCCAUGACUUCGGAUAUGAUUGCCAAGAUGAUAAAUGAGGAUAAGAUUCAUGUCCUUGUCAACCUUAAUGGUUAUACCAAGGGAGCCAGAAAUGAAAUAUUUGCCAUGCAGCCUGCACCUAUUCAAGUUUCAUACAUGGGGUUCCCUGGGACCACAGGGGCGACUUACAUAGAUUACUUGAUCACUGAUGAGUUUGUUUCUCCUCUAUGUUUCUCGCAUAUUUAUUCUGAAAAGCUUGUCCAUCUUCCUCAUUGCUACUUUGUAAAUGACUAUAAACAGAAAAAUCUGGAUGUGCUGGAUUCGAACUGCCCGCACAAGCGAUCAGAUUACGGUCUGCCUGAAAAUAAAUUUAUAUUUGCAUGCUUCAAUCAGUUGUAUAAAAUGGAUCCUGAAAUCGUAAACACUUGGUGCAAUAUCCUAAAACGUGUACCCAACAGUGCACUUUGGCUUCUCAGGUUCCCAGCUGCAGGCGAAAUGAAAUUUCGCAAAUAUGCUAUUGCACAGGGGGUGCAACCAGACCAAAUUAUUUUCACAGAUGUUGCUAUGAAAAGUGAACAUAUAAGACGAAGUGGUUUAGCUGAUUUAUUUCUAGACACGCCUUUAUGCAAUGCGCAUACCACUGGUACUGAUAUCCUGUGGGCUGGUUUGCCAAUGGUGACCUUGCCUCAUGAGAAAAUGGCUACUAGGGUUGCUGGGUCACUUUGCCUUGCCACUGGACUUGGGGAGGAGAUGAUUGUCAGCAGCAUGAAGGACUAUGAGGAGAAGGCGGUAUCUUUGGCAUUGAAUCCUCUAAAGCUUCAGGCUCUUACUGACAAGCUCAAGGCAGUGCGAAUGACUUGCCCACUUUUUGACACUAUACGCUGGGUGAGGAAUCUAGAAAGGGUGUAUUUCAAAAUGUGGAACUUGCAUUGCUCAGGCCAGCGUCCUCAGCAUUUCAAAGUCACUGAAAAUGAUAGGGAAUUCCCUUAUGAUAGGUAGGAAGAGGUUGAGAGAUGGGAUUGUAGAUAGAAACCAGAGAACACCAGAAGUUAUGGGAUUUAUGUUUUAUACAAAUGAUCCCAUUGUGAUGGGUUUUCAGGCAAUGGAAAGUAGGUAAUUGCUUAAUACCA